GUUAUUUCACAUGAAGAUGGUGUCGUGAAGUUCAAACGUUUUACUUCCUACAUUUUCAACGAGACAGAAUCGUGCCAAACAUGUAUUUUGGGAAAUCGAAUAUGGAUCCCCAAUAUGAUUUAUCAGAGAAAUCAAGCCGAGGCAUUAGCUGAUGUUAUUGCAAUGUCAGCCUUUUUAUAUGUUUGGGAUAGUGAAGUAGUUUUAGCUUACAAGACACAUAUACAUUUUUUGAGACAUUUUGUGCAUAAAGUCUUUCUUAAGAAAUUCGUUGAAGCAGCGUCAACAACUGGAAUGCGAGCCGCCGCCACAACCUUGUUAUCGCAGACAGCCUUCCUAGAAGUAGAAGUUGGAGAGUUUUUGUUCGAAGGCUACAAAGAUCCGUUUCUUGACAAGGUGUGCGAAAUUCCCUUCAUGAAUUUUGUAAGUUUUGUCAACAGCUCGAAUUGCCUUAAAUACCAAAUUCCUUCUACCUUUACGCUCCUUUUCAAGUCCAACAACACCGCUGAUGGUGUGUGGUCGAGCCCUGGUGCCAGAUUGAUACGUGGAACGGAAGGAAUGCUUUUUCCUCCGUUUCUUAAAAAAUCUGAGAGAAUUUACGUGUUUAUUAGCCAGCUCUGCAGAUCAGUUUGGCUGGAAUUUCAAAAGGAAGUGGACUAUAAAGGGGUACCUGCUUAUAGAUUCUGGCUGCCACCAGAAGUAUUCGAUCCUACGUCACCGGAGAAUGAGGGAUAUUGUAACCCUACAGACAAGAAAUUUUUUGGAUCGCAAAACAUAAGCGACGAUUGUUUUCCCGCUGGAUUACUGGAGAUUAGCAAAUGCCAGCGAAGCAAGUUCCUCUUGACUAGCAUUGAUGGUUCCUAUUACCACCCCAUAGCACCUCUUUUAGGUCAAGCUCCAAUCAUGAUUUCACUACCAAAUUUCAACUUUGCCAGUGAUGAAGUGCGAGAAUCAGUCAAAGGCUUAAACAGUACAGAUCCAGAACGAGACAUUAUAAUUGUCGACAUUGAGCCGGUAGGAAAAUUGUUUAGCUUACUGCCAUCAAUUCUCUGUAAUUCUCCAAACAGAAUAUAGAA